AUGGCCGGCGUGCAGCAGGGCGAGAAGCAGCUCUUCGAGAAGUUCUGGAGAGGCACCUUCAAAGCCGUGGCCACGCCGCGACCCGAGAGCAUCAUCGUGGCCAGCAUCACCGCCCGCAAACCGCUGCCCGGUUCUGGGACGCUGGGCUGCCUGCCGUACCCUGCGGAAGACAGACGGCCCGAGAAGCUGAGCAGCUGCGUGGUCAGGGAGCCUGCCAGCACCAAUGGCUGUGCCACGGGAAGGGACAGACGAGACCAUGCCCACCGCAGGUCACGCAGCCCUUCAUGUGAUGAGGAGCGGCCACUGCCAGCUCGGGGGAAGAAGAAGAAAAAGAAAUCUGGCCGCAAGAAGCGAAGGAGGUCUCCCUCCUAUAGCCCUUCACCUGUAAAGAAGAAGAAGAAGAAAAGCUCCAAGAAGCGAAAAAGAAACAGGUUAUCAUCAAAGAAGAGAAGGCACAGUUCUUCAAGCCCCAAAAGUAAGAGAAAGGAAGAAAGAAAACACAAAAAACACUCUCGUGGGCGCACCCGGAAAUCCCAUCGGCAUCGCCGCUGCCACUCUCGCUCGGAGAGCUCUGACUCCCAUUCCCCCAGCUGCCGGAGCAGGCACAGAGCCAGGUCUCGGGAGGAAGGGCGUAAAACACGGCGAAGACGCUCCUGGCACCAUUCAAAGAUGACAGUAAAGAGAAGCUCCUCUGCAGAGGUUCAGGCCUGUCAAAAAGCCAGCCAAACCCUCCCACUCUACAGCUUCCUGUCUUCUAAGGAAGUAAGUGUGUGGGGCCAUGUGAGUCAGUGCUUGUAAAGCCUUAUAAGGCAGCGUGGAGAGCAGAACCUCACACCACACGCUGAUGUGUGCACGCACACGCAAAGGAAGAAAAACAAGAUCUCUCAGUCAGGGUCUUCUGCUGACCUCUUUACCAAAACAGACAGCCCGCCUGGCAACCUAGCCAGCCAGAAUGGAGAGUAUCAUGAAUAUGACUCAGGAAACGAUACUUCCUCCCCUCCCUCCACUCAAACGAGCUCAUCCAGGUCAAAGGACAGCCAGGAGAAAAGAAGUCUAGUCCAUGAUGGCUUUGGCCAUGCCUUCUCGUCCAGGAAGCCCAAACUGGCCAACAGCGAUAACAGCUCUGAUUCAGGAAAUUCCUUCACCAGUUGCUUUUCCCAGACCAAGGGAACAGCUUUGGAAAAUCUGUCUCCAGAUGCCCAGGGACAAGACCGAAGAGCGUGCCUACCCUCAUGUCUCGGUUCCUCAGAGGAGAAGAAGCGAAACUUCCUCCCCUCCCCAGCGCACAGCUCCCCGCUCAGGCCUGGCUCCCGCAGCGAGUCCUGCACCAGCACGGGCAGAUCCUCACCCAGCUCCAGCCGCUCCCGCUCCUCGCACCACAAGGCCUCUCCCAGGUACUCCCGAAGCAGGUCCUGCUCCUCGGGAAAGAGGUCUUCGUCACGUUCCCCCAGCUAUUCCUCCAAAUCCUGCAAAAGAAGUCCUGGGAGUAGAAGUUCAAGGCCUCGCGGGAGCCCCAGUUACUCCCGCUACAGUCGUAGCAGGGACCGCGAGCGGGAGCACAAGUACAGCUCCAGCGAGAAGGAGUCGCAGCGGCAGCGGCGGCGCCGCUCCUAUUCCCCCCUGAGGAAACGCCGGAGAGACUCUCCCAGCCACCUCGAAGCUCGGCGCAUCACAAGUGCCCGCAAACGCCCCAUCCCCUACUACCGUCCCAGCCCCUCCUCCUCCAGCAGCGCCGGCAGCUAUUCCUCCUGGAACAGCAGCUUCAGCCGCUCCCCGAGCCGCAGCCGGAGCUACUCCAGCUACCGGACGAGCCGCAGCCGAAGCUGGAGCAGCAGCCGGAGCUCGGGCCCCAGGAGCAGCCGCAGCAGGAGCAGGAGCUAUGACUCAGGAGCCAGCUCCGACAGCCUUCGUCGUUAG